CGUUCCCUAGACAUGCAGAAUGUUCCCUGGUUUCCAAAGAAGAUCUCAGGUUUGGAUAAGUGUAACCGGGUGCUGAUGUAUGGGUCCGUUUUGGAUGGUGAUCAUCCAGGUUUCAAAGACAAUGUCUAUCGCAAGAGACAAAAGUAUUUUGCAGACCUGGCUAUGAACUACAAACAUGGUGACCCAGUUCCCAAGAUUGAAUUCACACAGCAGGAGAUCAAGACCUGCGGGACUGUAUACCAAGGGCUUAACAAGCUUUACCAAACUCAUGCCUGAGAGUACCUUAAAAACUUGCCCUUGCUCUCCAUAUACUGUGGGUACAGGGAGGACAAUAUUCCCCAACUGGAAGAUGUGUCCCGCUUCCUGAAAGGUAAUUAUAAAUUUUCUUAAACAAAAAAGGAAAUAAAGCCCAUUGCAAAUCACACUGCUAUUAUACAUUUUAUCUGUUCAGUGGUGUUGCUUUUUCACUCUACAAAGAAGAAAGAUGAUGAGGUUUCUUGUUUUUUUCUGUUUUCCAGUGAUACAUGCCAUGAGCUCCUAGGCAACGUCCCUCUUUUGGCUGAACCCAGUUUUGCUCACUUUUCCCAGGAAACUGGUCUUGCAUCACUUGGGGCAUCAGAAGAGGCUGUCCAAAGACUGGCAACAUGCUGUUUCUUCGCUGUAGAGUUUGGCUUGUGCAAGCAAGAGGGACAGCUAAGAGUUUAUGGGGCUGGCUUUCUCUCUUCAAUUAGUGAGCUCAAGCACUCGCUCUCUGGCAGUGCCAAAGUCAAGCCUUUUGAUUCAAAGGUCACCUGCAAGCAAGAAUGUCUCAUUACAACUUUCCAGGAGGUUUACUUUGUUUCUGAAAGUUUUGUAGAAGCAAAAAAAAAGAUGAGAGAGUUUGCAAAAACUAUCAAGCAUCCAUUUGGCAUGAAAUACAAUCCAUAUACUCAAAGUGUGCAGAUCCUGAAAGACACCAAGAGCAUUGCCAUUGUGGUGAACAAGCUAUGUCAUGAGCUGGAUGUUGUCAGCGAUGCCCUCAGCAAGAUGGGCAAACUGGAAGUUUAACAUUCCCAUCAUCAGUGUGGUGUGCUCAGCAACCCUUUUCUUUUCCCCACUGAUUUCUUUCUAGGCAUGUAACGUGGUGUAUGCAGAACUUUCCUUUACAAAUGGAAGAGUGAAUGGCCCAUAAGGAUAAUCACUUAUUUGUUUCUCUGUUUAAAGUUGCCUGCAGAAUGUAUUUC